AUGACCGCCCCCAUCAACACGCCGGCGACGGCCGGGGCCAAGGAUGCUGCUUCGGCGAGAAAGCGCCGGAGACGCGCCCCAGCAGGUGGCGCCGCCGACGAUUGCUUCACCUGCGCCAAGCGGAACGUGAAGUGCGACCGGAGGAGGCCCUACUGCUCGCAGUGUCUCGAGAUUGGCAACGAGUGCUCAGGCUACAAGACGCAGCUGACGUGGGGCGUCGGUGUGGCCAGCCGGGGGAAGCUGCGCGGACUCUCGCUCCCUAUCGCCAAGGCCCCCCCGGUGAACAACGGGAAGACCGUCAAGUCGCCUAUCGCGCGAACGCGGACCGGGUCCACCACUGCGACCAGCCAGUGGUUGGCAGAGCAGGAUGGCCGCAUCGCCCACGACGAAAUCGACCUCGCUCGAGAUCGCACACCAUCCCUCCCGGCCACACCCUAUCACCCCUACGACAUGUCGCACAUGUCCCCUCGGGGCAGUGCGCCGGGCGGCUGGAGCCACAUCCCGUUUUCGCCGGUCAUGUCCACCGAUGGGAGCAGGUAUCAUGGAGGCAGCAACCACAUGGCUGUUUCCUCGCCCUGCGAGAUGAUUGGCACGUCAAUAGACGCCAUGAGCGAUGUCGACUACAUGUCUCCCAUUGCGCACUCGUUCCCGCGGGAUGACAUCCCGGCGUACCUCCAUAGCCCAAACAUCAUCUACGAAGGCUUCCCCACCCACGGGCCGCCCAUACCGCAGAGCCCAGUAGCGGCAAUCAUGAUCGAGCAGCCGCGCGCUCCAACCUCUUGCCCUAGUCUCGUGUAUACCCCCUCCGAACCCGCCUCGAGUCUGCGGUCCCACAUGUCACAUGUGGAUAGUCUGGAGGCCCAACUAAGUCGCAAGAUGCCGCAGGAUUGUGAAAUACAUAUCCCUGGAACACCAGACUUGGAUACUUAUAGCACAAGUGCCCAAUCCCACGGGCCGUUUUGGGCCCCAUCAAGCACAGAUGAAGAAUCCGUGUCUCAAAGCGCCGCAGAGCAGAGCUCGAACCAUUGGCCGCCCUCCUUUCCGUCACAGCCGCCAUCCCCCGUCUUGCAAGUAAGCUCGGAUCUCAUCACCAGGAUGCCCUUCUUUAUGGACUACUACGAGAAGACAAUGUGUCCGGGGAUGGUGUUUAUCGAUGGCCCCGGUAAUCCAUUCAGAGAGCACAUUCUCCAGCUCAGCACCAGCAGCAGGAGUUUACAACACGCCAUCUGUGCGCUUGCGGCCUGUAACUUGAGGAUGAAGCGGAGGCUCAGCCUUGGGCAGCACGGUAGGGAGGUUGGAGAGAAGCGGCUUGACAUCGACAACCCUUCAGAUUCACAGCCCGAGAACCAAUCUCUAUCAGAAGAGUACCAGCACCGGAAUUUGGCCGUCCGCCUCCUCAACGAACAGCUAAAUGACGCAGAAAAGUCCAUACACGACUCUGUAUUAGCUACUAUAUUGCUGCUGUGCCAUUACCGAAUGGCCGAGUCGGGUAUCGCCAAGUUCCACACGCAGUUUGCAGGUGUCAAGAAGAUCCUCGGGAUGCGGCGCAUGUCACCAUUUCCGCCGUCAAGGGACUCGGCUUGGAUGGAAGCCUUGUUUACAUAUUUUGAUGCUAUAUCAGCUAGUGUCAACGAUAGGGAGGCGCAGCUUAAUACGUCCUUUUAUGGAGUGCUCCCAGAUGCCCAGCUCUUACCGCCCGGGGCGGAGAAUCUUGUUGGCUGCGACCGCGAGCUCUUCAAAACGAUUAUCAAGCUUGGACGUCUGAACAUUCUCUCUCAGCAUCGGCCGGUACAGAACCUUCUUGGAAACGGUUCCAGUGUCCGCAAUGGAACAUCCUCCCGGUCCGGAUCACCACAUGUUGGUGGGUUUAGCCCGUCCUCCCACAUGGGCACCGAACAUCAGUCCAUAUUUGGCGGCCCGCACCAAGGCGGUGGCGGGAGUCUACGUUUCGAUACCGGCGGCUUCGGUAUCUCGCUUGACGACGAGGAUAUGCUGAGCGGCGGGCCAUUACAUUCGCCCUCUGUAUACGACGAUCACCACAGCACGUUCUGGCGCGAGUGGAAGGACGCGCGCAUUGCCCUGCAGAGCUGGGAGUUUGAUACGUCGCGGGUAGUGCCGUCACUGCCCUCGGCGGCGUCAGCAUCGCCGCCCACAGGUGCUCAGGUGCGCGACCUCAACUCGCUGAGCGAAGCGUUCCGCUACGCCGCUCUUCUCUAUACAGAGCGAUUAGGGAGUCCCAACGUGCCGAGUGCGCACAGCAACUUCCGCAAUCUGGUCAGCCAAGUCGUGUACUACGCAACCAGCCUCGAGGCUGGUAGCAGCGCCGAAAAGUUUCUGCUUUGGCCGCUCUUCGUGGCGGGCAGCGAGUGUGUCAACGAGCUGCAGCAGAACAUUGUUCGGUCUAAAUGCCGCGAAAUCAUGGCCCGGAGCGGGUACAUGAACAACAUGGCAGCCCUUGACGUCCUUGAGCGCAUCUGGGUCGGCGACUGGAAGGAGGAGGCCAGCUCCGGAUCCAAGAUGAGGAGCAUGAUGCAUCAAGGGCCAUUCAACUGGACAAACUGCAUCGGGGGCCCCGGCAUGGAGGUGGAGUGGAUCAUGUUUUAG